GAGAAAAGUGAAGUGUCACCCGUGCAUUAGUGAAUAAAGGCAACACAACGAUGGAAGCGUAUAUCUCCUGCCGGUCAUAAUUUUCAAUUAAAAAGAUCUCUGCUUCGUACAAACAUCUUAAUUGCCAGACUGAUAACUGAUCUUUUCGAACAAUUCAUGAGAAUUGCUAAAUACAACARAAAGCUAUAUACUGAUUCCGUAAAUUAGUUCACUGUUUACUACAAUAUUAUUUCGGCGCAAUAUCGUUAAAACAACAACAAUAACAUGAUGUUAUCCUGUGCACAAAUCAACAAGCUCCUGUACCCAAACGGUGCAGGCGGAAUAACUACUGUGGCGCCAGCAACUUCGAGCGCACCGCAAUCGUUGGGCGCGCCAUCUAGUGGAGCACCGAGUGAAACGCAAAGUGAAAUCUCAUCGGCAGAUAGUGAUUGGAGUGAUAUUAGGGCAAUUGCAUUGAAAUUAGGCGUGGCCAAUCCAGAUGACUUGCAUACGGAGCGUUUCAAAGUCGAUCGUCAAAAGCUAGAACAAAUGCUGAAGGAGGAUAGUAUGGUUGAGGGCAUGAAUGGCGCUGAAUAUUUCUUCGAGAGUGUUAUGAAGUCCACCGAGACUUACAUUAGUUGGCCGUGUCGCCUUAAAAUUGGCGCUAAAAGCAAAAAGGAUCCACAUGUUCGUAUACUUGGACGCGCAGAGGAAGUGCAAAGGGCCAAAGAGCGUGUUCUCGCCAAUUUGGAUUCAAGAGGAACUCGCGUUAUUAUGAAGAUGGAUGUGUCCUACACGGAUCACUCUUAUAUUAUUGGACGUGGUGGCAAUAAUAUAAAGCGUAUUAUGGAGGACACUGCAACGCAUAUACAUUUUCCGGAUUCGAAUCGUUCAAAUCCCACGGAGAAAUCUAAUCAGGUUUCCCUAUGCGGUUCGCUCGAGGGUGUUGAGCGCGCACGCGCUUUGGUGCGCCUCUCUACACCACUGUUAAUCUCUUUCGAGUUGCCCAUCUUAGCGCCAGGUCGCCUACAGCCCGAUCAUGACACGCCUUACGUAAAAAUGGUCGAAACAAAAUAUAAUGUGCAAGUUAUCUUUUCGUCUCGUCCUAAACUCCAUUCUUCGUUAGUGCUGGUCAAGGGUUCUGAAAAGGAGGCUGUAAAAGUGCAGGAUGCAACUCAAUUGUUGAUUAAUUUCUCUUGCGAAAAUAUAGCUAACCAGAUUAUGGUGCAGAUGCAGCUGGAGAUAUCGCCACAGCAUCACGAAAUUGUGAAAGGCAAAAAUAAUUCAAAUUUGCUAGGAAUCAUGGAGCGUACGAAGACUAAGAUUAUUUUUCCUGAUCUCUCGGACUUGAAUGUUAAACCUUUGAAGAAAUCUCAAGUGACCAUUACUGGAACUAUCGACGGCGUCUAUAAAGCACGUCAACAAUUGCUUGGUAACCUGCCGAUAGCUUUGAUUUUCGACUUUCCGGACAAUCAAAACAAUGCCUCUGAAAUAAUAGGCCUCAGCACCAAAUAUGGCGUCUACAUUUCAUUGCGUCAAAAGCAAAGACAAAGCACUUUGGCCAUUGUUGUGAAGGGUGUCGAGAAAUUUAUUGACAAAAUUUACGAAGCGCGUCAGGAGAUUUUGCAUCUCAGCUCGCCGCUUUUACAAGCGACUAUUCCAGAGAGCUACUUCGCGCCGAGAGAUAAGGAGCUGAAYAUCAGCUAUCGCACGAUGUUGACUUCAUUGCUAGCUGGCUACCCGGAUAGCCCCAAGACUCCCAGUCUGCUAACGGCGCAAUUGCAGAUGUCACCAUACGGUGUCAAUGGCCAACUAAAUAACAACAACAAUUUAUUGGUCAACAACAACAGAAGCGAUAGCAAUAAUAACAGCAAAUCAUAUCCACCGGGCUUUGGUGUUUGCACGCCAACCAACGUCUGUCCACCCACUCAGAAGUACGUGACAAUGCACAACAACAGCUUCAGUCGCCAGCAACCGAACCACAAUAAUAAUUACUUGCAAGUAACACCGCCGAUUGCGCCGCCACARCGCGCUCCGCAGAUCAAUUUGCAUCAGCAGCAACAAAUAUCGCCGCGCAAUAGCUGUCACAACACCAGCGGCUACCAGAGCUUCAGCAGUAGUACCAAUUCCUUGGAACAAGUCUAUCCACCCUAUGGCGGCGGUGGAGCGGGCGGUAAUCGGUUGGUGGCGCCAAAUGGUGAGAUGAACUCGCGUGGCCAGUACUCACCCGACUCGACCUACAGCAGUGAAGCUGGAUGUGGACGUGUGGGUCGGCGCUCAAGUGACGGUGUCUUGUUGGGGUUAGGCGCUUCUGGCCCGCUUGGCGCACCGCUUAUGCCAGGCAGUGCUGAGAGCUACCGCAACUUGCAUUACGAAAUGAAGCAAAAUCGCGUCUUUGAUUUCGAUAUGAAACGCGCCAUGGGCUUCAAAGCAAUGGAGCGUCCACCGAUAARCGGCGAGCUGCGUACGCCCACACCGAAUUGGGCUGGCAUGGCCUUGAGCCGUACUUCGCCGGGCAUUCUAGAGAGCGCCGAUGACAACUUAUGGCCACGCAACGUGCAUGGCAUGAACUUCAACGGUGGCGCUGGUGCUGGUGCUGCACCGAUAUCUCCUUAUGCGCUAGGUAUUACCGUUGGCCUGAUGGAUGCUACACCAACAAAUCGGCGACUUAAAUUGUCCCAACAUAAGGACAUACACACGCUAUUGACAAGCCUUGGCUUGGAGCACUAUAUAAAGACCUUCGUUACGAAUGAAAUAGAUCUCGAAAUGUUCACGACCUUAAAUGAGGAGAAUUUACUAGAAUUGGGCAUAACCGCUUUCGGUGCGCGCCGAAAGCUGCUCUUGGCCAUUAACACUUUGCAAGCCAACGAGGCUACUCAUGCCGCCAUGCCUAUUAUCUCGGCAUCACAAUCGAACAACUCAUCGCCACGCUUCUCCGGCUCAGCAGCACCCGGUGCCGAGCGACGUCCGUCAAAUCAAUGGUAGAGCAAAGCUUAACCUAACCUAGAGCAAAGCUCAAUUCCAAAAGAAAAACCAAAAGUGUAUAUUGAAAAGUGAAAUAAUUCCAAAUUAUAUAAAGUGUAGAUUAGAAAUGCUCGAAGAGUGCCCAGGUCAAAYCAUUUCAUAUUUAGAAUUAAGAUAUUUAUUACAAAUCUUCUCUAGUUUAAGUUUGCAUGCUAAUCUAAACUAUUUUCUAAGCUUCUUUACUUUAAUCAGCCAACACUUGAAACUGCAUUGCCGAUAUCAAACACGACUUUUAACGUCGAACGACUAACAUUUAAACGUCGAACGAACGACUCUAAGCAAAUAAGGGCAUGUGUUCGGCAAAUGAAUUCCAAGCGAAUAUGCAAAAUGGCGCCCGAGUGUAAUUGAUUCAGUGACUUUUCAAUCAAAAAACUUAACUGCGGGACAUUUAAGCGUCCUUUCMAGCGAAGAAUGUGGAACAGAAAGGAUUCUUCUUGACUUAUACUCGUAUUUGUAGGCAGCAUAAAUUGAAAGCUCAGAAUCAAGUGG